UCCGCCGCGCACGCCGAUCCCCCUGCCCCAGCCCGUCUCCCCGAGCCGCGCCGGCGCCCGCACCCCUCCGCGCCUUUGUUCCGGGGCCGCCCUCCGCCCCACGCCGGGACCCGGCCGCCCGCGCAGCCGCGAAGAUGCCCCUGGAGCUGACCCAGAGCCGGGUGCAGAAGAUCUGGGUGCCGGUCGACCACCGGCCCUCGCUGCCCAGAUCCUGUGGGCCGAAGCUGACCAACUCCCCCACGGUGAUCGUCAUGGUGGGGCUCCCCGCCCGUGGCAAGACCUACAUCUCGAAGAAGCUGACCCGCUACCUCAACUGGAUCGGCGUGCCCACGAAGGUGUUCAACGUGGGCGAGUACCGCCGCGAGGCCGUGAAGCAGUACAGCUCCUACAACUUCUUUCGCCCCGACAACGAAGAAGCCAUGAAAGUCCGAAAGCAGUGUGCCUUAGCUGCCUUGAGAGAUGUCAAAAGUUACCUGGCAAAGGAAGGAGGACAAAUUGCGGUGUUUGACGCCACCAAUACUACUCGAGAGAGGAGACACAUGAUCCUCCAUUUUGCCAAAGAAAACGACUUCAAGGCCUUUUUCAUCGAGUCUGUGUGUGACGACCCCACAGUUGUGGCCUCCAACAUCAUGGAAGUUAAAAUCUCCAGCCCGGAUUACAAAGACUGCAACUCGGCAGAAGCCAUGGACGACUUCAUGAGGAGGAUCGGCUGCUACGAGGCCAGCUACCAGCCCCUCGACCCCGACAAGUGGGACAGGGACCUGUCGCUGAUCAAGGUGAUCGACGUCGGCCGGCGGUUCCUGGUGAACAGGGUGCAGGACCACAUCCAGAGCCGCAUCGUGUACUACCUGAUGAACAUCCACGUGCAGCCGCGCACCAUCUACCUGUGCCGGCACGGCGAGAACGAGUACAACCUGCAGGGCAGGAUCGGGGGCGACUCGGGCCUGUCCAGCAGGGGCAAGAAGUUUGCCAGCGCCCUGAGCCAGUUCGUGGAGGAGCAGAACCUGAAGGGCCUGCGGGUGUGGACCAGCCAGCUCAAGAGCACCAUCCAGACCGCGGAGGCGCUGAAGCUGCCCUACGAGCAGUGGAAGGCGCUCAACGAGAUCGAUGCCGGCGUCUGCGAGGAGCUGACCUACGAGGAGAUCAAGGACACCUACCCCGAGGAGUACGCGCUGCGGGAGCAGGACAAGUACUAUUACCGCUACCCCACAGGGGAGUCCUACCAGGACCUGGUGCAGCGCCUGGAGCCCGUGAUCAUGGAGCUGGAGCGGCAGGAGAACGUGCUGGUCAUCUGCCACCAGGCCGUGCUGCGCUGCCUGCUGGCCUACUUCCUGGACAAGAGCGCAGAGGAGAUGCCUUAUCUGAAGUGCCCCCUGCACACCGUCCUGAAGCUGACGCCCGUCGCCUACGGUUGCCGUGUGGAAUCCAUCUACCUGAACGUGGAGUCGGUCAGCACGCACCGGGAGCGGUCGGAGGAUGCAAAGAAGGGACCUAACCCGCUCAUGAGGCGCAAUAGUGUCACCCCGCUAGCCAGCCCCGAGCCCACCAAAAAGCCUCGCAUCAACAGCUUUGAGGAGCACGUGGCUUCCACCUCGGCCGCCCUGCCCAGCCGCCUGCCCCCGGAGGUGCCCACGCAGCUGCCCGGACAAGUCAGUGACUGCCCUCUCCUCCCUGCUGGGGGCGAGUGCCGGGGGUGGGGGCGACAGCCUCAGGCCCGGGGCUGUGCGCCUGUGUGUGUCUGAGCGAGCACGCGUGGGUGUCCGUGUGUCUGCGAGUGUGCACAUGUGGGUGUCUGGUGUGCGUGUGUGCACGCGUGGGUGUCCGUGUCUGCGAGUAUGCACACGUGGGUGUCUGGUGUGUGUACGUGCGUGGAUGUCCGUGUCUGCGAGUGUGCACACGUGGGUGUCUGGUGUGUGUGUGAGCACGCGUGGGUGUCCAUGUCUGCGAGUGUGCACACGUGGGUGUCUGGUGUACGUGUGUGCACACGUGGGUGUCCGUGUGUCUGCGAGUGUGCACACGUGGGUGUCUGGUGUGUGCGUUUGUUGGGGGAGAGCAUGAGAAGGGAGCACCCUCUGAAGUGAAGUCACCAGGGUCUGUCUUCACCGGUGGUGGCUGUGACCGCGUCACCUGCUCUCUGGGGGCGAGGCCUUCCCUGGGCAAAACCGGGCAGAGCUGGAGAGAUAGUGAGCCUCCAGGUCCCGCUCAGGGCCGUGCAUCGUUAUUUCUGACACAGAGAAAGCGGCUGCUUUCUCACGCGCCGCGGGGGUCCCAGCAGGUUUUAGGCUCCCCACACCUCGUUGGUGCCAAGGGAAAGGCCGGGAGGUUUCGGCUGUUGGGCGUUAGGAUUGUUUUCAGGAAACCGGUCUUUUCCUCAGAGACAGCCGGGAACCCUCGCAAACGUGUGAGGCAUAGAAAUCUCAGGGCUCAAAUUCGGGGAGCACCAAGGGUGUCCCCGCUCCGCCCCAGGCCUGGCCCCUCGAAUCACUUCCAGCCGAGCUUCCUUUGGGUUUGUCCAGCACUCGCCGCCAGCGCCAGUCGGGCCUUCCUCUGCACUGCCCAGCUUCCUGCCUUUCCCCGGAGCGACCCCAGACCGGGAGGUGUCCGGAGUGGACGUGGGGAGGGCGCAGUGGCCCAGUGUUCGCACCCAGGGGACAGCAGUCGCACAGGGCAGGUCGAGUGUUGGGCGCGUGGGAGGGCGCGUAGACGAGGUGAGGUGUCACUGCCUAGCCAGGCGAGACCUCGUCUGGGUGUGGCGUGAACGGUGUCGCAAUCACCAGGGUCCUGGGCCUGACCCUUCGCGUCACCCACGCCGGGCAGGGCUGGGACGCUUCCAAAAAAUAGUCCUCUCAGGUCUCAAACUCGAGGUGUUUAUGAAAACCGAGCAGGACUGAAACGGUGUCUCUGUGUCGUUCUGUCCUGGUGUCAACAUGGGGUCACGGUUGGAAGUUCAGAGGCCGUGGGGUGGAGAGGGUGAUGUCCGGAGCUGUACGGGCCUCCGCUGUGGAGGACACGGCAGCAGGGCCCCGUCCUUUUGCCCGCUGCAGAGCUGCCCUCGGGCCAGCUGGCCGGCCGGCGUGGGGUGUGGCGGGCUCGUCCCACUGACUUCUCUCUGCUUCCUCCCCGCAGCCGUUGCUAGGGCAGGCCUGCCUGUAAGUAUCUCUCGGGACGUGUCCGCUGCCUGCCCUGCUUCUCGCUUGCCAGUUUGUCUCCCCCUAUUCAGAUCCUGGGGAUAAGGAUGGUUUUUAUAAAGUCUGAGGUCUUCAGGGGGAAAGAGGUGGAAGGAGGAAGGAAGAGGGACUUGAAAAGGACUCUAAGGUCACAGUGGCCCCGCUGAUGUUCAGUCUGUUCUGACGCCGCCUCCCCAUAGCUGGCUUCUCCCCAUCCCGCUCGGGGCUCUGGGGGCAUCGUUUGCAACAGCCGUGGUCUGGGCCUCGGCUGGGAUCCGCAUUUGCCCUCUCAGUGUCAGAUCUGGGUGUCGGGCUGGGAUGUGCCUGCCGCCAUUCCUCAAAGCCCCUGCCCUGGGAGCUUCCUUGCACGUGGACAGGAAAACUCACCCAGAGCCUAAUCUGCACAGCCACGUCUGAGGACUUAGUGCCCUGGCGGGAGCGUGGCUGGGCUGGAGUGCUCUGGAGAGCGCCACGUGGGGACCGUCCUGUGGAUCCGGUUGUCCCAUGUCGGAGCUGGCGCGGGUUCGACAGGUCGCGCCAGUCAGUCCCGUGCGGUCUCCCCUUCCCUGGGCCCGGAGCCCUCUGCGGGAAGUCUCGGGUCCGGUGUUGGCUCUCACAGCCACCGGCUGCAUCACUCAGUGGUCUGUUUCCUGGAGCCCCCACCCACGGGAGCCGACGUCUGCCUGUCACAGAGCUCUGAUGACAGCACCUCAACACGUCACCCCACCCUCAAGUCACACCUGCCCGUCAGUCAUUUUUCGCUCAUGAGGUUACCCCCGAGAAGCUGGAAAGUGAGGCAGGAGCCUGGAGUUGAGCGUUUGUGUUGUGCUUGGGUGGUGGUGGCGCCCCGGUGGUCCCCUCCCAGGGCCGUGCUUACUGGGUGGUGGCCUGGCCAUCAUCGUCCCCCCUCAAAGAGUGAGACUCACACCGUCACAGGCCGGUGUCCGUCAUCCCCUGAAGUGUGAACCGGAGCCUGGACUGCUUCCGGGUUAGGGUUCUCCUGUGUGACACCAGCCCGUGGGUUUGGAGCCCGCGGGUUUUGCCGCCACGCGAGUCCUGUUCCUUCUGACCCGUGGCCUGAUGUUGCCAGGAAGGAAAUCUCCCUACCGGGAGGGUCCAUUCGGGGACAUGCCCCCGCCCUGCUAAGGGCGAGCUUGCCUGGCGCCAGGGCUCCUGUAGUAGUGCCCGCGGCUAGAGCCGCUCCAGCUCCGCCAAAGUGCGUCCCGCCGACCACGGCACGCCCGGACCCCCGGGUCCCGCCCAGCCGGGGAGCGUGACCACGCUGGGAUCGUAGCUACGUCUGAUUCCAGGAGCUGACCCGAGCCCUGUGACCAAAAUUUAUGACCGAGGUCAGACCGAGCUGGGGUCGCAUGUCGGGUCUUUGGUUGGCCUCCGGCUCUGGACCUCUGGGCACGUUUAAGCAAUUCGAGGAUCGUAACUUCCUCACCUGUAAAGUGGGGAUGAUAACUUGAUGAGGUGUUUUGAUGAAUGAGAAUAUGACGUAUCGCUUGGCAGAACAGCCGCUCCCCGUAAGUGCCUGGUGGACGGCAGCUGCUGUGACCACGGGGAGGGACUCGGCGCCCUGGGCCGGGCAGGGACUCCGGGGCCCCCUGGGGUCAGGUCUGCCUGUGGCCACGGGGUUGCUGGAGCUCUCAGACUUGGGAGGGGGACGCCCUGGGGUGUGGUGCCGGCGAUCUCGGUUUCCUGGUAGAAUAGGGAUGUCAGCCCGGACUCCGCCCUCUGCGGCGUCUUCCCGGGGCUGUGCCGGCUGCUUGAGGUCGAGAGACCACUGGCAUUCAUGGUGCAGCCUUGAUUUUUAAAUUUCCAAUGCACACGAGAAAGAAAAUCCUAGUAAAGAUUUUUUUUUUCUUUUGCAACCUGUUUCUUCCUCUUCCCCACUAUGCUUGAAAGACGAACUGUCUGUCACAUUUUCUCAAAGUUUUCUCCCUACUGACCUUGGAAAGGUAAAUGCCUGAGUGCAUGCACCCGCCCCUUCCGC